AUUUCCGCUUCCGGGUUUGGGAGGGGUUUUACGGGAGGCUCCACCUUUCGCGUGGGUUUUCCUGGAGCAGCGUAGAGACAUGGCUGCGGCGCAGGGUAUAACAUCAGAAGAUCUGUCAGCGGCAAAGACUUUGCUUAGUACAAUACAUGAACAGGUAACUGCAGUUACAGCACAUGUGCAAAACCUAACUGAGAAAGUCCGGAAUGGGGUUUACCCAACAGAAAAGGGUCUUAGUUUCCUAGAGCUGAAGGAUCAGCUGCUCUUGCUGUAUAUGCAGGAUCUUACUCACAUCAUCAUGGAAAAAUCUUCCGGGAGGCCCUUGAAGGAAAACCCAGGCAUCAUGAGACUGGUGGAGAUACGCACAGUUUUGGAAAAAAUGCGUCCAAUUGAUCAAAAGCUUAAGUAUCAAAUAGAUAAGUUAAUAAGAGCUGCUGCCACCGGUAGUCUUUCUGAAAAUGAUCCACUGCGCUUCAAGCCCAAUCCUCAGAACUUAAUCAGUAAGUUGGAGGAGUCUGAUGAAGAGGGUUCAGACGGUGAUGCAGAAGAUGGUGGUGUAGGAAAGUCUCGCAGCAAGACCAGGAAAUAUAUACCUCCUAGACUUGCACCAGUACAUUAUGAUAACACUGAGGCAGACCGAGAAAACCGAAUUUUGGAGCGUGCAAAAAAAAGGGCUUUGAGCAGCUCAGUCAUCCGGGAGCUAAAAGAACAGUAUACAGAUGCUCCUGAAGAAAUCAGAGAAGGGAGAGCCUAUCACAUGAUGCAGCAUGAGAGAGAAGAGCAGCAUCGGACCAACUAUGAAGAAUCUAUGAUGGUGCGAUUAAAUAUGACUCGAAAGGAAAAGGCUCGUAAGAAGAGGGCGCUUGCCAUGACAUCACAACUUAAAUCACUCACACACUUUACAGAUAUUAGUGCUUUGACAGGAGGAGAAUCGAGAACAGAGGAUUUUAUGCCAUCUGCCAAGAAAUCCAAGAAAGGACCUAAGAAAGGAAAAAAGAAGAAAGGCUUUAGAAAACGACGCUGAAAAGUAUCCACCGGUCAACAUUUUCUUUCUCCAAAUGUGUUGUGCCAGGGAUUUCAAAGUAUUGGCAAACACUGUUGUGGUAUCCCUGAGGCACCUUCAUAAGUAACUGGCACAUCUAUUGUAAGGACCCAUGGCCUCAAAUUCAUGCUAAUGUUGUUUACAUGAAAAUAUAAAGGAUUCAGUAUACAGAA